CUCUUUCCGCCAUUUUCGCACUUCUUGGAGUGUCAUCGAAAAUAAUUUAGCUUCGUAUAUUUCAUUUAAAAACAGCCUUUAUAUUACAAAACCUUUGCAGUGUCCAUAAAUUUAGCGGCGCUUUUAGUAUGAAGUAUUGCCUAACAAAAAUCAGGAAACGAAUAAUAAUCGCAUAACCUUAAUAAUGGAUGACGAUAUUUUCCCGGUAUUAUGCCCUUCCAACGCUAAGAAAACAUAUUCCAAGCCGUUCAAGAAGUUGUUGAAGACUCCAUCAGUGACUGAGGAUGUGGCUGAGCCUCCUAAACCCCCUACAAAGCCGUGCGAUCCUGGUGAACCGUUGACAACUAAGGUUGCCGUCGAGUAUUUGUUGAGUGGCAAAUUAAAGACAGAAGUUUGUCGUUACUGCCUGAAGAUAUCGCCUGCAUUGUCUGACCCGGACCAGAUAAUGCAUAUAGCAGGCACAGGAGUGCUGUACAAAGUGUCUCUGAGACAGAUGAUAGCCAGUUUCUACCCCUUUAAGGCCAAUGAAAAUGAGAAAUAUCCAGAAAAAAUAUGCCAGAAAUGUGUAGACCGAGCCCUCAACGCAUAUCUCUUUACGCAGCAGUGCGAGCAAGCUGAAAGAGCCUUGAAAAAUUGUUUUGAUGAUAUAGAUGAGAAACUGAGUAAGUUGGAUCCAAUAGACAGACCGAAAAAGAGAGGCAGGCAAAAACUGAACCCGAAUUAUAAUGUAUUAUAUGUGGAACAUGCGAAAGUAAUGGAUUAUGCAGAACCAGCACACCAUAUCAUUAACAUAGAAACUGAAUCUUUGAGUAAAGAACCGAAUUGGAACGAGUUUGAGUGUAAACGGUGCUGGCAGGUUCUCCCGGACAUGGAAUCAUUGCUGAACCAUGAUAAAACACAUCCGAAGUCCAUGUGGUAUCAUUGCCGGCUCUGCGGCAAGUCUUUUGUAAAGCAAACUCAGUUGAAAAAGCAUUUCAACCUAAUACACGUAAAAGGACAGGAGGAUAGUCCGCAGGUUGAUAAGAACUUCAGAUGCCAAGAAUGCGGUAAUGUCACAGAGGAUUACGCACAACAUCUACAGCAUGUAGAGAAGCAUAAAUUCAAAACCGUAAUGAGACAUUUGGUUGAAAGGAAAACGGACCAGCUAUGCAUGGUAUGUUUGAAGAAAAGUACUGAUUUGGUUAAUUUGGAUAAGGAAGUAUCCAUUCACGGAAGUUGCCCAGAGUUGGUCGGUGAUAAGUCUCUGUAUACGGUGUUAUCAUCAACUUUGCCUGAUAUGAACUACCUACACAACUUCAUUGGGACAAAAAUAUGCGAAAAGUGCCUUAAUCACGCUAUCACUUCAUACGUUUUUGUAAAACAAUUCCUUUUUACUAGGGAACGGUUAGAUCUAUGUGUUACUCUUAUGUUGAGGGACCUUAGUAAAAUAGAGCCUUCAGCCAAUGUCUUCGUCCAAGUCUCGCCCCCACCGAUAAUGGCUCCUAUAGAAGAUUUUGACGAAAUAAUAGACGAAAGCGAAUUUGUUGACGAAAGUAAACUUAAAAUAGACGUCUUAGAAGACGAAUUCAGACUGAAAACUUCAAGCGAAAGUGAGACUGAACCGGAACAUGAAAUAAUGCCUGAAACAAACGAGGAAACUAAAGAUGUAGUGAACGAUAUCGCAGUCAAUAUUCCAAUAGUACCAAUUGACAAUUUAGCUAGGACCGCAACUAAAACUUAUAUGAAGAAGAAAUUAGUUAAUGGCAUACAGAAUCAGAGCACCAAAUAUUCUGUGGACGUGUGUAGUGAAUUUUUAACGUUCAACAAAAAGAAAAAAGUUAAAAAGGUCCCUGUUAAAUACACCUGUCCGUUAUGUAACAAACACUUCAUAUCGGAUUACUUCUUAAAGAGACAUAUUGUAAAACAUGUGAACAAGAAAGUAGAAUGUAAGAUUUGUGGUAAUGUUUACAAGUCUAGAUUCCUUUUGUUUGAACACAGGAAGGUGGCACAUUUGGUGCCCGAGAGCUUCUACAUGACAUGUAAAGUCUGCGGUAGAAAUUACACUGAUAUAGAUAAGCUACAAGACCAUGAACAAACCCAUAGGAUAAAGCCGUGUGAGCUCUGCAAUAAAGUGUUCACAACACAAGCGCAUUACGAAACCCACAUCCAAAGGCACUCGGUUAAACUCAAACUUCUCAAUAAAAAUCGCACCCUAACAUGCAGUUUCUGUGAAAAAGAAUGUCCAAACGAUAAUCAACUUUCGCUCCACGUCAAUAAGAUACAUUUGCAAAUUAAACCUUAUAGUUGUGAUAUGUGUGACCGACAGUUUUACACUGAGAACAAUAUGAAGUGUCAUAAGAAAGUGCACAGUAUGCCUUCGAAGGAGGUAUGCGAAUUUUGUAACAAAACUCUUAAAAGUAGGAAGCAAUUGGUGGUUCAUGUUAGGAAACACAUAGGGGUGAAGCCUUUUGGCUGCCAAAUAUGUGGCCAGUACUUCUACUCGGCUUUCAAAGUCAGAAAACACAUGAGAUUAAGCCACGGCGGUAUAUUCUGCUGUAGAAUUUGUAAAUCCAUAUUCCCAACCAAAUAUGAACUUAAAGCACAUGUAAAUAGAGAUCAUAAUAUAAUAUAGCGGGCUAUGAAGCCAUACUAGAUACAGUGGCUUGCAAUUAUAGUAGCAUAAUGAGUUUUUUAUGCAGUGACAGUUUAUUUUCGAUUUCCAUAUUCCGUUUUUUGCUGAAAAGUGACAAUCAGGUUAUUUUUCAUUUGUAUUUCAACAGUAGUUAAGUACAUGGAAUGAUUGAUAAUAUAAUUAAAUUACACAUUUGCACAAGUCAGAUCAAGAAAUUAAUAGAAUUCAGCAGUCAGUAUCAUAAUAUUUACCCUUCUCUUGAGAAAACUAUCUUUCAGUUUUUCUGUAUAUGAAGAAGGUAUUACAACAUUUUUAGGAGCCGAACAAUCUGGGUUGUCUGUGUCAUGCUAUAGUUACCCUUAUUUCAAUAACUUCUCGGUCUGACUAAAAUAGAGCAUAAUAAAUUGUCUGAUUUGUACAUAAAGAUAUGAAAUACAUAGUUCGCGUAGCAUAUAUUGAAAGGUACUAAUCACAGCCGACUAGCAGUAGAUUGUUUACCAUUUAUAAAUUAAGUUUAAGUAUGUUUCCAAAACAUUAAUUAAUAUAUCUUUUAAAUAUUAAUAUAACCUAAAUUAUUUGAUACUACGACACAUCUCAACAAUAAAUUGUCUAUAAAAUGUAUUUGCGCUAAAAUGCGCAAUACUUUAGCGCAUUGCGCAAACUUCGAUCCAUACAAAAAUAGUCCUUAUUACAAUGAAUUUUAGAGUUGAAGUUCUUAAUAUCAAAUGCAUUAGGUAAUGUUAUUAUUAUGUUAGCAAUAGGUGUUUGUAUGGUACAGUACAGCAGCUACAAUAUUGUAUUAGAUGUAAGACAUUAUAUAAAUAAAUAUAUAAUUAUAUUUA